AUGGUCGAUGUUCUCUAUUCACUUGUCGAUGUCAAUCAACGAUUUGAUAAAUUAUUACUUGAUCCACUUUAUAUUCGUAAUCUUGAUAUGACUUCUAUGACGAUGAAAUCAUGUUUUGAUCUUGUCUAUUCAAUAGAGAAUAAAGUUCUUUCAAGAAUUUCUAAAAAUAUUUUACCUCGAAUUCAUCAUCAAGUAAAUGAACUCACUCUUGAACAACAUUCAAUGGAUCAUAUCCUUCAUAGAAUCCAUUAUCCUCAACUUUACUCCUUAUCACUUAUAGAUUUUCAAGAAGAAGUACGUAUCAAAUACUUAACAGGUGAUACAAUGCUUCGCAAGCUUCUGAUUGAACAAAUAACAUGUCUUCAAAUUGAUGUCAAGGAUCAGACAACAGUACCACCACCACUUCCUCAAACUCUUUCGACUAUGUUUAUUUUGAUUCUAUCUUUAUGUAAAAGAUUAAUAAAGUUAAAUUUUUGUCAAUUCUAUCAUCGAUCAACGAGUCCUAUUUUGGACGUAUUAUCAACCAAUUGCAACUCUUCAACUUUGACUUCAUUGGAAAUUAGUGUGAAAACUUUCGAUGAUUGUCUUUAUCUACUUGAUGGCCGUCUCAAUUGUUUAUCAACACUGAAAAUAUAUGUGGACAAUAUUGCAUAUACAUCAGCAACUAUAGAUAGCACGGUUAGUAUUAUUGUCUUUCGACAAAAAAAAAACAGCGAACUCAAUAGAUGA